AUAAACCUUAUAGUCCAUAAAAUAAGCAUUUUUUUCGCCCACAUAUAGUUACAUCAAUUAGAACUGAGUACUAAAAAUCAAAUACUACGUACAUAUACUCAACGUAAAACACAAAAUAAAAAACAUUGACAAAGUUUAAAAAAGAAAAAUUCAAAGUAAAACACAAAAUAAAAAUAUUGACAAAGUUUAAAAAAGAAAAACCAACGUAAACACAAAAAUAAAAAUAUUGAGAAAGUUUAAAAAACAAAAGAAAUGAACAAGUAAGGGGAGUUGAACACUAGACCUCUAGUAAACAUCAAAACAUUAACACCUACUUUCAACCAAUGAGCCAAGAAAAUAAUAUGUAUGUUUAAUGUGUUGUUUAUUACUAGUACUAAAUUACUGAACAUGCUAUUAUUUUGUGCCCCUUUUCGCCUUGGGCCCUAGGCGGUGGCACCCCUCGCCUACCCCCUAGGGUCGGGCCUGCUUCAUAUGAUUUAUUAUUCUUGCCCUAAUUAUUUGUCGGGAUUUAGUUGAAACCAAGUUUUGUACCAGAAUGGCCAGAAGCUAAAAAUGAGGUAUUGGUUGAGAAUAUGCAAUUAGAAGAUGAAAGAUGUCAUGAGGGAACUAUUCCAAUCAGACGAUGGAGUAAAGAUGAAUUUAUCCAAAUAUUGCAAUUCACAAAAGAUUAUAUUUCAAGAUCCAAGCCUAACACUAAAAAUCAACAACAAACAGGAACUCAUUUUGCAAUUGUUCAAACAAAUUCCGACCCAAGUAAAGUGAAAUAUUAUGGUGUAAACUGUGAAUUAAAUGUUUAUAAUCCGCAUAUCAUGCCACAACAAUAUUCAUCAGGAGAGAUGAUCAUUCAAAAUGGUAAUGAUCGGAUACAAGUUGGUUGGACCGUUAAUCCAGCGUUAAACAAAGAUAAUCGCACACAUCUUUUUCAAUACUUUAAUGCUGGUCAAUCACAUUGCUUCAACAUGUUGUGCCCUGGAUUCGUUAACGUCAAUAAAGACAUUCCAAUUGACUUUGCUGUGAAACGAACCACGAGAAGAGGAAGUUUGAAAUCAUGGUGUAUAGCGCCCUUUGUUUACCAGGUACUAUUUCAAAUUUCAAUUCUUCAUAAUUAGAAAAAUAGGCAAUCUGCUAAACUAAUGCCCAUAAUACGUUGAAAAGGAUCCUAAAACAGGGCAUUGGUGGCUUCUACUACGCGAUCCAGGUAAACCAGACACCAUUGUUGGUUAUUGGCCACGAGAGCUAUUCACCGGUUUGGCAAAUGGCGCGACUUAUAUUGCAGUU